GUUAAGGCACUGUUUGUCGAAGCCAAAUUUGGAGCCAAACAUUUUUCCGAGCAAACCGGUGAAAUCGAUGCUUCUGUUGUUGGCUCGGAACGCUCCUCCACUUUCUCUUUCUUCGUCAUUCCUCAAUGCUAGGCCUCGCUGCGUUGCCAUAUAAAUGAUUUUCAAACUCUCAAUUUCUUUGCCAGCCAAGUGGAGGUUUCCCCUCUAUCAAUCACCACUCGUUUCUUUGAAUCUCUCAAAGUGCAAUUCUAGGGUUUUCCUCUGUGUCCCAUCUUUCCUCCUCCUCCAUUCCUCCUAGUAACCAGGACGGUUCCUCGGGAAUAAGGUUUUAUAGGAUUUGGCGUACUGGUAACUGUGAGAGAGGACCAACCCCAGGGCCUUUAUAGUGUUUGUCUCCAACUUGUUAUUGAAUUACCACGGUUUAUGUUCUGGUUGAGUUGAGAAUGAGUGUGGUAGGAUUUGACAUUGGCAACGAGAGUUGUGUUAUUGCUGCUGCAAAGCAGAGGGGGAUUGAUGUUUUAUUGAAUGAUGAAUCCAAGCGUGAAACACCUGCUGUCGUCUCGUUCGGUGAGAAGCAACGUUUUAUCGGUGCGUCUGGUGCUGCUUCUGCAUUGAUGAACCCAAAAUCCACAAUCUCUCAGGUGAAGAGACUGAUUGGGCUUAAUUUCAGACAACCUGAUGUUCAGAAGGAACUCCGGAAUUUUCCCUUCGAGACUUCUGAAGGUUCUGAUGGCAACAUUUUGAUUCAUUUGCAAUAUUUGGGUGAGACACUGAAAUUGACACCGGUUCAGAUCUUGGCAAUGCUCUUCUCACAUUUAAAACAGAUAGCAGAGAAGAAUCUGGAAACUCCUGUUUCAGAUUGUGUCAUUGGGAUUCCUUCUUAUUUCACAGAUUUGCAAAGACGUGCUUAUUUGGAUGCUGCGGCAAUAGCUGGAUUGAAGCCAUUAAGAUUGAUGCAUGACUGUACUGCUACAGCUCUUGGUUAUGGAAUUUACAAGACCGAUGUCUUCAAUGCAGGCCCUACUUAUGUUGUGUUUGUUGAUAUUGGACAUUGUGACACGCAGGUGUCUGUUGCAUCAUUUGAGGCUAGUUAUAUGAGGAUAAUUUCUCAUGCUUUUGAUAGAAACUUGGGAGGGAGGGACUUUGAUGAGGUUUUGUUUAGUUAUUUUGCAGCACAGUUCAAGGAAAAGUAUAACAUUGAUGUUUAUUCUAGUGUGAGGGCAUGCAUCAGGUUGAGGGCAGCAUGUGAUAAGCUGAAGAAGGUUCUGAGUGCAAAUGCAGAGGCAUCACUUAAUAUUGAGUGUUUGAUGGAUGAGAUAGACGUAAAGGGUUUUAUUAAGAGGGAAGAGUUUGAAAAAAUGUCUUCGAAUCUGCUGGAAAGAAUUAGGCUUCCUUGUGAGAAGGCUUUGGCUGAUGCAAACUUGACUGUGGAUAAGAUUCAUGCAGUUGAGCUUGUUGGAUCAGGGUCUCGGAUACCAGCUAUUACUAGAACUUUAGCUAGCCUGUUUAACAAAGAGCCUAGCCGGACAGUGAAUGCAAGUGAGUGUGUAGCCCGUGGAUGUGCUCUUCAGUGUGCAAUGCUUAGCCCAAUCUUCCGUGUUAGAGAGUAUGAGGUCCAAGAUUCCUUUCCAUUCUCCAUAGGGUUUUCAUCGGAUGAAGGCCCGAUUCACAUACUGACAAAUGGAAUUUUGUUUCCAAAAGGACAAUCCAUCCCAAGUGUUAAAAUACUUUCAUGCCACCGAACUAAUAUGUUUCAUCUAGAAGCAUUUUAUGGUGAUCAAAGUGAACUCCCUCCUGGUACUUCUCCAAAGAUUAGCUGUUUCAAGAUUGGCCCUUUCCAAGUUUCACACACCGAAAAAACUAAAGUCAAGGUUAAAGUCCAAUUAAAUCUCCAUGGAAUAGUUACCAUUGAUUCAGCAUCAUUGUUUGAAGAUCAGGCAGACGAUCCAGUUACAAGGAGCAAUACUCAGUCCAAAGUUGACACUGAGUCUGUUUCUGGGCCUUCUGAUGUGGUAUCAAAUGGUGCUAAAGAUGGUUGCUUUUCACAGCCUGAAACUUUGCCCAUGUCUGCUGCUGAUGGAAUGAGAAAGGGAAGGUUCUUGAAGAGGCUUGAGAUGCCAGUUAGUGAGACUAUAUAUGGUGGGAUGACCAAGGCUGAUGUCUUGGAAGCUCAAGAAAAAGAACUUCAGUUGGCACAACAGGACAGAACCAUGGAGCAAACCAAAGAUAAAAAGAAUGCCCUGGAGUCAUAUGUCUAUGAGAUGCGCAAUAAGCUUUUUAACACAUACCGGAGCUUUGCAACUGAUUUGGAGAGGGAAGGCAUCUCUAGAAACCUACAACAGACUGAGGAGUGGCUUUAUGAGGAUGGGGAUGAUGAAUCUGAAACUGUAUACACAAGCAAGCUGGAAGAUCUUAAGAAGCUAGUGGAUCCUAUUGAAAACCGAUACAAAGAUGAAGAAGCCAGAGCACAGGCUACAAGGGAUUUGCUGAAGUGCAUUGUGGAAAAACGGAUGGCUGUGAGAUCACUUGCAUCCAAUGAAAGAGAUAUGAUCAUUAAUGAAUGUAACAAAGUGGAACAGUGGGUACGGGAGAAAACUCAACAGCAGGACUCUUUACCAAAGAAUGAAGACCCAAUACUAUGGUCAAGUGAAAUUAAGAGAAAGGCGGAGGCACUAAAUGCGAUGUGCAAACAUAUACUAAAAUCUAGAACUUCUCCUCCAAGACCAGAUAACACCAUGGCCCCUGAUCAGCCAAUUGAUAAAAUGCAGACAGAUUGAAGUGGAUGUUCAACGGGCAUGGAGCUUGUUUGCGUUAUUUGUGCUUGCUGACAGGUUUAGAGAUCUCACAGUUUUCUCCCAUCUCUUUUGAUUAUUAUAUUUUUGUAAACAAUUGGUCCAGAUCCAAAAUGGUCAAGAUACGGCCCUGGGCCUUGUUCAUUCCUAUAAAGGCCUCUUCUUUCGUCCAUAAUCGUAUAAUCAUAAUAUAGUAUGGGUCGUGCAAUGUUCCAAUGCUGUCCGUCCUUUUGUACUAAUCUAUCAUGGUUGGAAUUAGGUAUAGGGUAUCGGAUCGAUCAUAUUCUUGUGAUUAACUUGUUUCAUAGAGGAAAUGUCAAGUUAAACAGUAUUCUGUUGUAUCAAAAAUAUUGACCCCUUGUUGGGUUUUCAAUACAAGACAAACAACACAAAUUAAAUUAA